UAUACAAUUAGAACAACUAAUGUUGGACGUUCCUAUUAUUAUUGCAUUCUUCACUUGCAAAUAGUAUGCAUUAAAAUAUACUGGCCAUAAGUAUGCCAUUUUUGUCCCAAAGACAGCUUCUUGGGACAUGCAACAGGUUACAUUUUUGAAUGUAAUGUCAGAAUUAUAUUGGCGCCAAAACUCGCCAGAAUUGAGACAAAAAUAUGUUUUUCCCCGACUUUCUCCAUGUUUUGAAGUUUAUGAUUGUCAAAGUCAGAGAGUGUUGAAGUUCAGAGGUUCGGGAUUGAAUCGUAGAAUAAACAAGUGUUAGGUUCCAGUUAUUUUCUAUCUUAUCAACGAUAGCGCGAUUCAACUUUGCAACGGGCUGCAGCGAGAGGAAGCAGAACAAAUUUCAAAAAACAGUAUUCAAGAGUUUGUAUGCCGUUCCCUUUGCCGAAACGAAAUAUCAACUGCGGAUGACAACUUGCAUGGUCCUGUUGCCAAAAUGACGUCAUCGCAGUCUGUUCGUUUGUCUGCAUUACAUUCCGAAUUACAACAGCUGUGUAUAGAGAUUCGUUCGGAUUCUCAACCAUCGCGAAAUAAAGCGGUUGAAAGUCUAAACAGUGUUUUAUCUAACCGGAAAUCGGAUAUUAUUGAUUGUAUAACGAACCCGGAAUACGGAAGUAGUUUGAAUUGGUCUACUUUAUUCAACAAUGCAUUCGAAGGAAUAAUAAAGCAUUCAGUAAAGCUUGAAGAAUCGAAGAAUUCGAGAAGUUUUUCGACUUUAAACAAUAAAAACCCCGUAUUCGCUGCAGUUGUUUCUAAAAUCAUAGAAUAUGCAAUAGAAGCGAAAUCACCUCUUAAAUGUGGACUACUUAUUGAAGCAGUAACGACUGGUUUGGAAAAUCAAAUUGUCUAUGACCAUUUUGGAACCCUACUGUUUCGAAUCAUUGAUACAGGUUUCAUCGUAGUUGGGGGUAAUUUAGCUGGUGUAAAACUUUCCGACCUAACAAAUCUGCUUAGACAAUGCUUUACUUCAUAUGACGAACGAAGCUCCUCCGGACAAAUAUUAUCAUUGUUACGAUGCCUUAAUCAGAUUUUAAGUUUGGGUACUGAAUAUACGCCAUUAUGCAUCGAGUUACCGCAGUUUUUAGGGAGCAUGAAAACUAUUUGCCAAGCAAUUACAAGUGAUAAAUCAACUCAAUAUGAAGUGAUUAAACUGGUUUAUCAAUUUGUGUGCAAUGUGGUUGUUGAUCGUCAUAUGGAAAUCGCCCAUUUUCUUCAGGCAAUCAUGCCUUCGCUAUGCGAGUAUUAUGACUUUCGUAUGAAGAUGCCUGUAAAGGAACAAUUUUUCGAGUUGUGUGCCAUAUUCCUCAGCAUUCAUUAUGUAGAGACAGGAAAUUUCGAAGCCGCUGUUCCGAUAUUAAAUGAGGAUGAAUGGAAAAACCAACUGAAACAAAUAUUUAAUUUAGUAAAGUUGGAAAUUAAAGAAAAAUCACGAGAACUCAAUAAAGACACGGCUGAUACUUACUGCCAGAGUUUUUUGUUACUCGCUCCAAUUGCAUCUUAUAUGAUUUUCUGGAACCCAUUAUUUGAGAGCACCAGCGGCGAGACACAACGGAAAAUUCCGAAAUAUGCUACGAAAUACCAAGGACUACUUGACUUGACUUCCAUUGAUAGUAGUAAAUUGAAUUGGGGAUGGUUCAUUAUUCUUUCUGAGUGUAUGGUUAGAUAUCAUUAUUUGAUUGAUAUUACCGAUUAUCAGCCAAUGCUUGAACUAGUCGUAAGAUUUCAGAAAGCGGCAACUUCAACAAGUCAAAUUCGCAGUGUUGGCAAAUAUUGCAGUGUUCUUCUAGAAAAAGGUGUUUAUUUCGAAGGCAACACCUUCCUGAAUAUAAAUUAUUGCGCUAGUCAAUGGAGAACCGUCGUGGAUACAGCAAUCAACAAUUUACUGCAAAAAUCCCUCACCAGCGAGGAACAUCACAGUCUUGUUCAAACACUCAUUAAAUAUCAGAAAAUUCCAAACGACUCCUUACUUUCAUUAGUGAAAUCGCUUAUUACCAAUACUAAAUUUCGCACGAACAGAUGUCUACUCACUGUUCGAACUAUUAUGAAAUAUUACAGGGAAAUAUUUCUGAGCAAUGCUGAGGUUGUGAGAGAUUUGAUUGUUUGGCUGAAUCCUCUAAACGUGCGCCUCGAUGUUGUGAGCAAAAUCAAUAAUAAAUCCACUGAUCCGAAAUUAAUGGCCGAUAUAAUUGCAUAUUUAAUUGUGGAAAAUGACAACCCAAAUAAUGAAGCUAUUAAAUCAGAUGAAAACGAUGCACAAACGAGACAUUUUGGAACAGUGCAGAAAGCAAUACAUUACGGCUGCCUUAAAAAAGUUAUUUUUAUUGAAAGUCGCAGAUACCGUCCUGCAAAGAAUGAACAAACAACUGCGAAUCAAUGGAAGCUAAUUGUUAAUGAAAAGUAUUUUAAAAUAUUACUUCAUGCAAUCGAUUUUGAUCCUCGAACUAUUACUCAGCAGGACGCAAGCGAUCUAAUGAAUAAUAUGUCUAAACUGGAAACAUUAUUAACGCUUCUGAGUAAUCUUUUAGAUCGGGGAAAGUUUGAUAACAAUGAUCUAUGCUUGAGUGCUGUCAUUAAAAAGGCUGGCUUUCUGCUAAACACCAUUGAGAUGCAAUUGAAGGAUGACAAUAUUAGAAACAUGGACAUAAGUAAUGCGAGGGAUGUUUUGGAUCAAUUAGGAAGCAUCGUUGAUAAUUUGCAGAAUCCCAUCAUCAGUAAUCUAGUUAGCAGUAAUAACAGUUACUCUAUUAUAGAGUAUUUGAGCAAAUGCUUGAAUUGGUUUGGAGAUUACGAUGUCAUGCUUGACACAGAUGAUACAAUUUUCCGGCGUAAUUUAGCACUCAAAUGCAUCAAAGUUUUAGCGUCGUGCAGAACUUCAUCUUCAUCAUUUUCUUGUAUAAACAAUUUCGAAGUGGAUUUGCAUGAGGAGAAAGAGGUUCAAGCCAUAUUAUCUAUAAUUGGGGUUUUUUGUGAUCACGAACAACAACCACACAUAGCUAAGUGGAUUAUGGAGAAUGUUCAGGAUAUUUGCAAGCAACAUCAUAGCAAUUUGAAGUUGAGCUUGUCGUUGAUUAAAUUAUUGCCAAAUAUUGCCAAUUAUGUCAAACCUUAUGAAAAUUUCACCGAGGCCAUCAUGGUCAUCCUUUCGUCAUUUCUGAAGAUGAGUUAUAAAAAAAUAUAUCCACCUCGCUUCGUUGCUGAACUUCUCAAAACUGUUCGCAAUAUUGCUAAAAUUUAUUACGAACUAGUGGAUAAUGAAGAAUUUUCAAAAAUUUUUGUUUCCGUUAAUAAAUUCCUAACUAUGCCAUCCAAAUAUAUUCAGUAUGCUGCGGUUGAUUGUUGGAGUUAUCUCAUCGAUGAUAAAUGGCUUUAUGAAAAUACAGAGAAGAUUCCAUUUAGACACCUGUCAUUGUGCAAUACAAUGUUUGAUGCUAUCAAUUGCGAAGAGUUCGGAAAGCAGAAUCAGUUUUAUGAGCGGCAGUAUCCAGUAAUUAUUCAGCUUUUGCUUGCAGCCUUUGGUUUAAGUUGUAAUCUAGAAGAACAAGCAUUGUUGCUGUUGAUGAUGCAUGGAUUUCUGACUAGCAAAGAUUCUAGCCACUCGUUACAAGAAAUCGGAAAAUAUUUGGAGCGGGAUUUGGAAAUGAUUUUAAAGCAAAACCUCAUCGCGGUUGCAAUUGAAUGGUUCGAAAGUAUCCUCCAACGAGGCGGGAAUUUAGUAAAUUCACCAUGGGCACCUUUUGUUAGGGAUGAGAUGAAAUUCCUCGAAGAAAACCGAAAAGUAAUAGAAUUUUGUGCACUUUACGCAAACUAUGAUAUGGUUCGCAAACUAUCGAACCGCCUGGGCUCAAGUCUGCAAAGGGAAUUAGAGCAAUUAAAGCCACUCAUCACUGCAACAUUACUACCUCGUAUUUGUGAACAUAAUACAGAUAUAAAACUUCAUAACUGUGAUUCUGAACAAUUGAUCGAAAAUAUGAAAAAAUAUAAAUUGAAUGCUAACCUGGCUAUGGUAAAUUCCGAUUCAGCGUGGGAAGUACUCUAUUUUCUCUCAAAGAAUGUUUGGGACCAAGAAAAAUUCAACGAACUCUGUGGUUUUGAGAUGAUGUGGCCGAAGCCAAAUAUGAUCAAUUACGAUACAUUUGUCAAAUAUGUGAAAUAUUUUUUGUACAAUAAAAUUACAAAAGGAACCAGUAUUAUAGACUCCCUGAUGAAGCAUAAGUCACUGCAAGUUGUGUAUCUACUAAAUGCUAUUAAAGCCGAUUUCGAAAAUUCGUACUACGUAGAGAUGAAGCUUUUUGCGUUCUUCCAUUAUUGCCUGACUAUUCAUUGUAUUGUGAGCUCCUUGACCAAUGAGUUUCAAAAGGACAAGAUGAGAAAAGUGAAAGAAUUUUUGAUCAGAGAUGCUAUUCACUACUUAUGUAAUAUACUGAAAAACGCUCAAGAAGAUAUCCUCAUGCUGCAAGCAGCAACCCAUUUCCUGAUUUGGUUCUCCAGCUCGUUGCUUCCAAAUAACAAAAUCUCGGUCGAAGAAAACCUAAAUCUCUUAGUGCGGUCUUUUAUGAGUCUUAUAUCUAAAGAUCUUUCUGUGGAAUUAACAGACCGUUGUUUUGACACGCUGGAUUUACUAAUUAAUCGCAAUUGCGAUCUGUUAUCAGAAAGUAUUGCGGUAUUGGAUGAUUUUCCAACAGAGGACCGAUACAAUAAUUUUAGACUAACCCAAGAAAAAAUUAAGUACAGACAUCAAACAAAUUCUUUGUGGGACGAAAUCAAUUAUUUUUUAAAGUGUAGUGACCGUGGUGUUGCUGGAUUCCAGAACCUUCGGAAACAUCUCGCUAACAGGAAAAAUGAAUUAAUUUCCAUGUGUAACUUUGCGAAUAAAACUAUUGAAAUGAUACGAUCCAGCCCAAUAUUUAAGCUUCUUAAAUUAUUACUAACAUCAGUUAAGAACAAAAACGAUGAUAUCAAAGUGGAGGCUGCAAAAUGUUUAGGUGAACUGGGGCCAGUAAAUUUAACAACCGUCUCACUGUUUUCAGACUUGAAAAAUACAUGUUACGAGAAGUUCGAAACAUCGGAGGAAUCAUUUCAAUAUUUCAUUUCGAAAGUCAUGGAAUCGCUGGAGGACCUUUUGCUCACAGGAAAGCACACAAAAGUGCGAUUGGCUAAUGAAAUAUGCCAUCAAAUAGUGAAUAGUAAAGUUGGAAAGGAAUGUUUAGCAUCUACACCAUUAUUCCAAAUAUUUGGGCAGACAUUUGAUCACGGAUUAGAGGCGUGGAAAACAAUUAAGGACAUUCCAUUUUCUGAAAUACUUGAAUCAACCAAGGGACUAACUUACAGUACCUGGAUCACUGAAUUUACUUCACGAAUCUAUGGUGGAAUUGAUUAUAAACCUUUUCAAAAGCUGUCGGCAUUGGAUGGUGAUUUGUGCGAACAGACUUACACGGCUUUCUUUAAACUACUUUUAUCAACCAAUAACAAAGUGCAUCUUUCAUCUAUCGAAAAAUUAGUAAAAAAGUUUUUCGAGGCAACAAAUAUUGCUUUAAAGGAUCCUUGUCACACACUACACGCUCAAGUUAACACAGAUAAAUCUACCAUCAAAUACUUCCUCAAUAUCACGGAAUGUAUUCGGCUGUACAAUCAAACUUCGGAUUGCAAAUUAAAUAUAAACUACCUCCAUGUUGCAAAAGCCUGCAUUCAUUGUGAAGCAUACUUUAUGGCUGUGCUAUGCUUGGAAAUGUGGGCAUUAUCUGAGCAAUCGCCUUUGGAAAACGACGAUUUUCAGUUGAUAGCCAAAGAGGCUUUCACCUCCAUUGGAUAUUUAGAUGCAUUAAGUGGGUUUUUAGAUCCCAUGAAUUCCCGCCUUGAUUAUUUAUCAGUUGAAAAUCAAUGGGAGGCUAUGUUGGUGGAACUCGAUGCUGGGCCAUCGACGAAUGAUAAUACUUCAAUGUAUGAAACCUGCCUGCGACAAUGCGGAUUCUAUUCAUUAGCGGGCAAUGUUGAGUCAAGUGAGCAAGACUAUGAAAUAUUAUGGCGACUAGGCAAUUGGAAUAUAACACAAAAUGAUCCUAAACAAAGAGAAUUCGACGGUCAAAACUACCGAGAGAAUAAUUUCGAAUUCUAUCACUAUCAUGCAUUACGUUCAAUCAAAAGGAUGGAGGAACAGAAUGCUAAAUUUGCAGCGGAGUCAGCACGCAAUGUCGUGAUUGAAAUAUUGAAACUCGUUAGUUCAGAAUGUGCUCAAAAUAUUUACAAGUACAUAACAUGGCUACAAAUGAUUCAACAAAUAGAUGAUUUUUGUUUGUUACAAUUCCCGAAUCAAAACGUACCUUCCAACAUUUUGCAAAAGUGGGAUCAAACAUCUAAGAUGGAAUACGGGCAUUUUGAACAUAAAGAGUUAUCGUUGUCACAGAAAAUUGCCUUAUUCAAUAUGGCUGGAAUCAGAGCGCAACGAAAAAUUGAAGAUUCUUACAAGGGAAAUAUUGUUGGAGAACAUCUUUUGAAUCUUAUCAUGGAAUGUAAGUUAGCUGGGAAUAAGAAUCUGGUUAUUCGAAACAUCACUCGGUUGAGGAACAUGGAUAUAAAACCUGAACUGAAAACCAAAGUACUGAUUGAAGAUGCUGACAUUAAUUGGAAAAUGGGAAACACGUCAAUGGCUAAAUCGAUUUUACAUCACAUUAUUAAGACGGAGGCAUAUGCUUGCUGUUUCAAAAAAGUAGAUGCACUAAGAAUAUAUGGAGAAUAUCAUGCGGAGUCAAAUUCAGAAUCAUUUGAGAUUAUAUACAAAAAAUUCUUCAAGAUAUCCUCAAAAUUGCUAGAUAACUUCACAGCGAAAAAAGAUGACAUUGCAAAGACAUUACCAAGUGUACUUAAAGACUAUGAACAGUAUAAUCAUAGCAGUCGGAAAAAUAUUCACCGAAGUAUAGCAAAAUAUGCUGAUCGCGAAUACAGUCAGCUAAAUGACUAUAUUAAUUCAGAAGAUUUCCAAGUGAAAAUUCGAGUUAUGGGGAGAAAUCAAAAUGACGCUAAGGCGAUCCGAGAUGCGAAACGUUACAAAACAAAUCGGGAUGAGCUUAUUACUUUGAAUCUUCUAGCGCAGAAUGCUGGCAUUGAUGAUUAUGAAAUCAAAGCUGUAGAAGGAAGGAAAAUCGAAUACUUGUGUCUGGCAAUAGAGAAUUACAUGCAAUACUGCAUAUUAGACGAAGAAGUAAAAUCUAUGGAAAUCUUUAGGAUUAUUUCUCUGUGGUUUUCAAAUACAAAUGUUACGGAAGUAUCGCAAAAAAUUAAGGACUUCAUUGAAAUCAUACCCAGUUAUAAAUUCAUCUGCGUGUUAAAUCAAAUCACUGCCAGAUUGAGUGGUGUUGAUGUUGAUUUGGAUAAUAUUUUGCAGAAGUUAUUAGUAACAUGCUCUAUUGAACAUCCACAUCAUACCCUUCCAUAUAUUCUGGCAAUUUCUCAUGCAAAUAUGGACUCAAAAAGUGCGUCUGUACAGAAUGUGAGAGUGGAAGCUGCUAACAUAAUUGUCGAUGAGAUAUCCAAAAACGACGAAACUUCAGAGCUUCUAUAUCAAAUGCGAACAACAUCAAAAGCUCUAAUCGAUUUCGCAAAUAAAGAUAGCAAAGACUGCGUUCACAACACCCUUUCAGAUGCUCUACGUAGAAUGAAGGAUAUCAGAAUUCAGUGCCACACUUUGGAACUUCCAAUUUCUCCAAAUAAGGAAUAUAUCAUAACGAGCAUUUCUAAGUGGAAAGAUAAAUUCACCUCGGUUGGCGGUAUAAAUGCCCCCAAAAAAAUAAUUUGUAUUUGCACCGACGGUAUCGCUCGUCCUCAGUUGCUCAAAGGGAAAGAUGAUUUAAGGCAGGAUGCAAUAAUGCAACAAAUUUUCGGUAUCGUCAAUGAUGUGUUAUCAAGGGACAGGGAUGCGCGUAAACGUAAACUAAAUAUUCGCACUUAUAAGGUGGUACCACUCUCAAUGCGAAGCGGCAUUCUUGAGUGGUGCGAGAAUACUAUUCCCCUAGGUUUAUAUUUAACGGGUGAAAAGAAAAAUAGCGGAGCCCACAAAAAGUUUCGACCACAAGAUUAUGCACCAGACGAAUGCUACAAAAAGUUACUGGAAAAACAUAAAUCCGAGCCAACGGAAAGAUAUAAACGGUAUCAAGAAGUUUGUGAACGUUUCAAACCAGUAUUCCAUCAUUUCUUCUUUGAACAUUUUUUGAAUCCCGAAAUGUGGUUUGAAAAACGUUUGGCAUACACCAACAGUGUAGCAACCACGUCGAUUGUUGGAUAUAUUUUGGGACUCGGGGAUAGGCACGUACAGAACAUAUUGAUCGAUCAAAUCACAGCGGAAGUGAUUCAUAUUGAUUUUGGCAUUGCUUUUGAACAAGGUAAAGUUAUGCCCACUCCUGAGACUGUACCAUUCCGGCUUACCAGAGACAUUGUAGCCCCAUUCGGUGUAUGCAAAGUUGAUGGUAUCUUUCGAAAGUCUUGCGAAAAGACAAUGACUGUUCUUCGAGAGAAUCAAGCGGUUUUGUUGACAGUUUUAGAAGUCCUUCUCUAUGAUCCUUUGUAUAUUUGGAUAGUGAAACAAAUUGACAAAGACAGCGAGAAAGUGGAACGAGUUAAAAGCAUAGGUGAAGAAGAGAAAAAUUGCACAGCUCAGAGAGCUCUGAUUAGAGUUAAAGCGAAGUUGAUGGGGAUGGAAGAAGUAGGGGCAGGCAUAACCUCAGUCGAAGGACAAGUGCAACGGCUUAUCAAGCAAGCUAUGGAUCCGCGGAAUUUAUCUCAAUUGUUUCCUGGCUGGAAUCCUCAUCUUUGAGUAAAUUUAGAGCUCGGUUGUUUCGUGUUUUUAUAUUUUUUUUCUGCAGUUGAGUAAAGUUUUGUUAUUUCGUACAAAUAUACAUGUUCGACAAAUAAUGAAUGGGAUGGUGACCUUUACAGUGCCUACUAUUUUUUUCGUAUUAUGUAAAAAUAGAUGACAAAUUCUGAUACUUAUUUUAAGCAGAAUAGCUAAGGAAUUUCACAACCAUCGAGAGUUUAGGUGAAUACAAGUGCGAGUACACAUUUGUGAAAUAGCGAAGCCAACGUCAUGUCUUACCUAUUCCAUAGACUCAAAAAUCAACUCGUCAAUUUAAUGUUGAUUGUUGAAAGGGUAAGAGAAAAAAGAGAGAUAUUUUGCAAUAUAACGUUUGUCCUAUAUAUUGCUUCGAAAUUUAAUAACAUUUGGAUGAAUAGAGCUUGAGUUUUUGUGCCUAAUUUGAUAACACCUGCAUCUUUGAUUUGAGAGUGAAUGUUAAGCAAAGAACCAAUAUCGAGUUUUGCUUCAAACUAUG